AUGGCAAGGUGGCUUGCGACACCGUUACUUCUUUGCUCAGCGCUUGGGCAGAGGUCCCAGUGUGGGGACGAGCUGCAUGUGAAUUGGACGGCAGUUCGCGAGGACUUGGUCACCUACAGCACGCUUUCUGAGCCUGUUAUGCGUAGUCGACGCUGCUUUGGUGACACAGGCGUGUGGUCCUACUGUGGCAUUGCAGCGAUGAACAUUCUGCAGAUGCAACCAGGCCUCAUCAGCAACUCCCAGUCCCAGAUCAGCAAAGCUCAGGUCGAGAAUCCCUGCGAACUGGGCCAGGUGGCCAGCAACUUUUUCGCGAUGAGUUUCCUGACUCCGGGCGAGCGUUAUGGGAUGCUGUGGGUGGCCUUUGAUCGCUUGCAGAAGCUGGAACGGAGCUUUUGGGACUUUAUGUCAUUGGACUGGCCCAUUUUCGGCCUGCUGUCUCGCUUAUCUGAAGUGAUUUGGUUAUCCAGUCAGGCUCGCCCCGUGGAUGCUUUGUGCGGCCGGGAUGCUACCCAAACACAGCAUUUGUCCGGCCUGCGGCUGGACUUCUUCCAACGUCUCAGCGAGAGGCGCUCCGUGCCCGAUGCCUUGGCGCGGAAAGUCAUCGCAGCCGUGGAGCGGCUGGAAGGCCGCGAGCAGCGGCAGCUUGGGAGUUCACCAGGCUGCCACUUGGCCCUCUCUGCUGCCUGGGCUUCCCUGGCGGAGAACGCCCUGCGGCGCUCCGACAGAAACGCGGCGGAGGCCUUCGUGCAACGGGCGGAAACUUCGAUGCGUGCUGCCGAAACGAACUACACCAUCCUCGAUUGGCUUAGCUCAAAAUGGCCAACAUUUAGGAUUUUGCAUAGAAUGCAGUUUCGGCUGCUUCCCAAGGAAGCAGCUGCUGUGGAACAAGGUUAUUGGUUGCAGCAGGACCUUGUGCCGCAAGAAGCCGAGACAGGGAGGCCAAUGCGUUUCGUCUUCAACGUCGGCUUCUACAGGCCUGAUGCGUUGUACAUAGAUGCGGCGGCUGACAUUGUCAGCAUCGAUAUGCUUCGGACCUUGCCGGCCUUUUUUGGGAUCUCUAUGGCAUUGCCCAGUGAGAGGUGGAAUUUGGGACUUGCAUAUACCUCGAACGAUUACGCAGACUUGGUGCCCUCCAAGGAACUCUGGCGACUCCAUGCGGGCAGCCAAAAGUUGCUCUUCGCGCCAGAGUUGCAAGAUGUCCUGGGAGAGAAGGAUCACCAGUGCCGCGUAUUUUCAGCGAGGCUCAAGUCCUGGCAGGUUGCUGCGGAUCGUUUGGCAGAGGUCGGCGGCAUGCCACGCUGCUUCGACAUGCCCACGGCGGCAUCGCAGCUGCGAAGCUUUGCGGAAGAACAGGACAGCAUGGCUUUCGUGCGGAAACCCGAAGGCGCCUGGGGCGGCCGUGGCAUUGAAAUUCGCUUCGGCAUUGAGCAUCUCAUUCCAUCGGCCGAGAGCGAAGCCUCGGCUGGCUGCGACUUUCAAAUCCUGCAGGAUGCUCAGUGCCUGGGUUUGGGCGAAGCGCCGCCUGCAGCUUCGGCCACGGAAGAGGCGUGUCGAGAGACAUGUUGCAACAUGGGCCUGGCAUGCGAAGCUUGGAAUUGGCGCCGGGCGGAAGGAUGCUGGGUCGGCUCCCCUCGCUACUGCACCGCUUCCAAUCCCCUUUACUUGGGCGGCUGGCGUGGUGGCCGACGCCUGCCAACUGUGGCCUCCAGCACGGCGGCGCAGAGAGCGGUUGUACAACAGUACAUUGUGGACCCCGUUCUGUACCAGUUGGAGGGCGUCUCACCAGCCAUCACCGUGAAGACUGACAUUCGAAUCUAUGGCACGGUGGUGUCCAUGGAUCCUUUCAGAUUCUAUAUCAGUGAGUACGGCUAUUUCCGCUCGGGUUUCCUUGAAAAGAACUACUCGGCCCAGUGCGACGAGGAUUUCAAGGAGCCCUUGAUGCACGUGACCCAUCACAUCCCAAAGAUCGAGGGUGGGACCUAUCAAUGUCCAACGGCUCCCAGCUGGAAUCAUCCGGAGGGUGCUGAGCACGAUGCCGGCUCGGGAGGCUCGUUGCACAAGUGGUUUCGCAUCGCCGAGAAGCAAAAUGGUUUAGACCCCAAGGUGGUUUGGAAGAACGUGAAGUUGGCCCUGGCGGUUUUUCUGCUAAGCGCGAGGGGAAAGCUGGACUGUGCCUCCAACGCUGUGCCACACGCUUGUGGUUCUUUGGGUUUCCAUUUCUUCGCGGACCUAGUGGUGGACAGCAAGGGACGUGCGUGGCUGAUGGAGAUCCAUCCCACUUUGGCCAUCAAAUCCCCCGGCCUCGGAGAUCCGGAAGCUGGCUGGGUGCCCUCCAAGUUUUGCCACGGAGUUGGGCAGUUCACCGGUGUUUUUUUUUCGGAAAGGAAUGGGAAAGUUAUUUUUUGGGAUGAUUGGGGAGUUUGGGCCUGGAACGCCCUGGAAUUUGGGAUUUGGCGUGAUUUUCUUUAG